GCUAAGAUAUGUUAUUGAUACUACUUCAUUUGUAUAAUGAUUUCAAAGAGAGUGGUAGUAAGACUGAGCAUCCUGAAGCUAAAGCAGAUUUCUAUUUUUUCAAAUGGCGACAUUAAUUCACACUUUAGCAGAUCAUAGUGAUGAUGUUAAUUACUGUGCCUUCUCAUCGUCGUGCUUGGCUACAUGUUCCUUGGACAAAACAAUUCGCGUUUAUUCUUUGAGCAACUUCGCUGAGCUCCCGUACUCACCGUUGGAGGGUCACGCGUACGCCGUGCACUGCUGCUGCUUCUCGCCGUCGGGCCUGGUGCUGGCCUCGUGCUCCACGGACGGCACCUCGGUGCUGUGGGACACCCGCAAUGGCCACAGGCUGGCCGUGCUGGAGCAGCCCGGGGCCAGCCCCGUCAGGGUCUGCCGCUUCUCUCCCGAGGCCGCUUAUCUCUUGGCAGGGGCAGCGGAUGGCAGCGUGGUUCUCUGGAACGUGCAGUCCAUGAAACUCUACCGAUCCGGGAAAGUUAAAGGUGGCUCUUUGAUGGCUUGUGCAUUUUCUCCCAAUGGAAACUUCUUUGUCACUGGAUCAUCAAGUGGUGAUUUAACCAUUUGGGAUGAUAAAAUGAGAUGCCUGUAUAAUGAAAAAGCACAUGAUCUUGGCGUUACCUGCUGUGAUAUUUCUUCACAUCCAGUAUCUGAUAGUGAAAAUGGAUGCAAAUACUUCCAGAUGGCUUCCUGUGGACAAGAUAAUCAUAUCAAACUCUGGCUUAUUUUGUUUGCAGAUUUCUUAGGUGUUCAGUUAAAAUAUAAAUGCACACUGAAUGGGCACUCUGCCCCAGUUCUGGCUUGUGCAUUUUCAUGUGAUGGACAGAUGAUAGUCUCGGGGUCUGUGGACAAGUGCGUCAUAAUCUAUGAAACUAGUACUGGCAAUACCCUUCAUACUUUGUCUCAGCAUACAAGAUAUGUUACAACUUGUGCUUUUGCACCACAUAGUCCCUUACUUGCCACAGGCUCAAUGGAUAAAACUGUGCACAUAUGGCAGCUUGACCUUAAGCAACCCUGUGCAGGAGAUACUACAGAAAAUGAAUCAAAGGUGGCUAUUGAGGACUGGUCAGAGGAUGAUGUUUCAGCCUGGCUCUGUGCACAGGAUUUAGCAGACUUUGUUGGACUUUUCAAAAUGAAUAAUAUUGAUGGGAAGGAACUACUGAAUCUUACUAAGGAAAGUCUUGCUAAUGAAUUAAAAAUUGAGUCUCUAGGCCUGCGCAGUAAAGUUCUCCAGAAAAUUGAAGAACUGAGGAUGACAAUGAUCUCGGUUGCUGUUCCUGAUGAGUUCUUAUGUCCUAUAACAAGAGAGCUUAUGAUUGAUCCUGUCAUUGCCACAGAUGGCUAUUCCUAUGAAAGGGAAGCAAUGGAAAACUGGAUCAGCAAUAGACGAUCUAGUCCCAUGACUAAUCUUCCUCUCCACUCUCUUAUGCUCACACCAAACAGAACACUAAAAAUGGCCAUUAGUCGCUGGCUAGAGACUCAGCAGAAAUAGUUAAACCACUUAAUUUUGAAGUUGUUUGUUAAAAUUAAUUGAAAUUUUAUGCAUCUGGAGGAAUUAAUUGUAUCAGAAACAAAUGGAAAGAAAAACUUGUGUUGCUCUUCUCUCUGUGGCUGGUUCAACCUUCACUGGUGGAAACUCCCAGAAGAACUUUAAGAUCCUGGUAGUUCUACUUUGUGGUAUUUCUGUUUAAGAAUCAAGUACUUGAACUCAGUUUUUCAAAUAAAUUUUUCUUAUAAUUUUUACUA